AUGAGUCAGGGAGAUUGUUCAGAGACUUUGUCAAAGCAGAGGGACACUCCUGGUCCAACUGUGGGGCUUGGUACUUGUUAUGUGGUUAAUAAGUCACAAACACUAGUGGCAACUAUAGAGAUCCAAAAUAUGUUUGUCAAUGAGAUUGGGUUAAUUACUCGAGUGAACGCUCCACUAAAUGUAAACGGGUGGAAGAAAGUAACCUUGGAGCAGAAGAUGGAUAUGGCAAAAGCACUGAAGGUCAACACUUACUUUCUUUAA